CAACAAUUUCGCCAAACGCCUGGCGGAUCUGAAACUCAUCGAUCGUGUCACCGAGAGGAGGAUGAAAACCUACAAAGCGACAGCUCCCCGAAUAUACGGCGCCCCAAAAGCGCACAAGGAGGGACUACCACUGAGACCGGUGGUACCGUGCAUGACGUCACCGUCGUACACACUGUCGCAGUACGUAGGCAAGAUCAUCCAAAAAUCCAUCACCGGCAAGUAUGAUGCGACAGACUCGUUCACGUUCUGCGAAUACAUCAACAGUGUGCAGUUGCCGCCGGAUUACGUCCUGAUUUCCUUGGACGUCGUAUCGUUGUUCACCUGCAUCCCCAAAGACUUGGUAAUACGUGACGUCAUCAACAACUGGGAAAACAUCAAGCAACACACCGAUAUAAACCUGGACCUGUUCUUGGAGAUGACCGAAUUCUGCAUCGAUUGCAGCUACUUCCGGUUCAAGGGACAGUUUUACCAACAAGUCUUCGGCACAGCGAUGGGCAACCCAUUAUCACCCACCAUCGCGGAUCUAGUGAUGGAGACAUUGCUAGACAACGUCGUGACGAGAGUGAGCUUCCCGUUCCCAGUGUUGAAGAAGUAUGUGGACGACCUGAUGCUGGCAGUUCCCAAGGACAAGAUCGAAGAGGUGAGAACAAUUUUCAACAGCUACCAUGAGAAAAUUCAGUUCACGGUGGAAGUCGAACAAGAAGGGAAAAUUCCGUUUCUCGACUUGCUCUUGGUUCGACAGUCAGACCAAACGAUCAAAACAGAGUGGUAUAUUAAGCCGAUCGCCUCAGGGCGUUUCCUGAAUUACCACUCCGCCCACAGCACAAAACAGAAGGUGAACGUGGCGAACAAUUUCAUUCACCGCGUCAAGACCUUCUCUACCAACGUCGAACCAAGUGCAACACGUGACAUCAUUUUCACCCAACUAAAACGGAACGAUUACCCCACUGCAAUGAUAAACCGCCUCAUCGAUCGAUCGAGGGAACGACAGGUUAACACCACCAACGAUGACGUCACGAGCAGCGAGGAGAUGAUUUACCGAUCGAUGGUACAUGUAGGACAGCUAUCAGGAAACAUCCAAAAAGUCCUGAGGAAGGACUAUCCGAAUGUCACCAUCAGCUCGAAGAAUGCGAAAACUGUAGGAAAUCUUCUGCCUCCGGUAAAAGACGUUGUGGACAAGAACAGUAGAUCAAACGUGAUUUACAACAUCCCAUGUGCUAACUGCUCCGCGUGCUACGUAGGCAUGACAUCAAACAAACUGCAAACGAGGAUCUCCAGUCACCGCUCCUGUUCCAACCGGCUGGAAAACAUGUGGGACCAAGGGAAGACGACGGAGGACGUGGAGGUAGCGCAACUACGAGAACGAACAGCGCUGCUAGAUCACUCGGCUGCCAACCGCCAUGUCUUCGCUUUCGAUCGUACACGAAUCGUGGAUGCUAGUCUUAAGAAGCAAAACUUACACAUACUAGAAACAUGUCAUAUUAUAAACACACCGAACACAGUGAACAAGCGCACCGAUACAGACAAUCUGAGCAAUACGUACGCCGGCGUACUACACACUUUAAAAAAACAAUACACGAAGCCAGGCCGUCCAACAGGCAAACGAAUCGGUACAACAAGAGUUAACACAAUCAGAGUAAAAGUGGCGCCAAAACGGGCAACUGCAUCGCUGUUCUGCGACCCGGAUAGUUUUUCGGAUAUUUUUCGGAUAUUUUAUCCCAUCCAUCCGCCGGCGGCGGCAGACGAUACGUUACGUCUGGGACAAAUGUGGCCUAUGCUGUGGGCUCAUACUGACGACAAAACGGAGCAUAGUUAGUGAGUAGCAUAAACACAAACAUAAACACAACAUAAAUCGAACCAUUGUCCACAGAUUCCCAGAAGAAGGCGCAAUAUAGCGACCGAAACGUCGGAUGAAAGCUUAAAAAUCCGUUUUUGAGUUAUUCCUCCAAAGACUGAACGCCAUUCCCCUUCCAACAUUUG